AUGACGGCCAACCAGUUAGCGCCUGCCUUGCCGCCGCUCCGUUGCCGCUGGUCUCAUCUGCAAGAGGAGGAGCGCGACCGCCGCCUUGCUGCAGUCGGCUUGGUCGUAAAUACUCCUGAGCGCGCGUUGAUCUGCCGCCCAUGUGGUUACGCCUUGCAGCCAAACGGCGACUGCGUGACACGCCAUCUCGCCGACAAGCAUGCCAUCCCGAAGCACUUGCGGGACGGCCUCUUCUUCUUCAUCCGCUCCCUAUCUCUUCCGGAUCCAAACACGCUCCCCCUCCGCCCCGACUGGUCGCCGGCUCACCCGGAUCUGGCUUCUUGUACUGGCGUCGCCUGCCGUCACUGCGCCUACCGGACUACCAGCGUCGAUCUCAUUACGCGGCAUCUAGCGAAAGCCCACAACCGCCGCCGGGACCCGAGGCGGACGGGCUGGCUGCGCGACGAGAUCUUCCAGGACGUCUCCCUGCAGAGCUGGACCCAAAACGGCGCCCGCGGGUACUGGAUCGCUGCAGAUAGCAUAAGUCCGCCUAGUCUAGCGCUACAAACGAAUUGGAUGCGGCGGACCGGCUGGCUAGAAACCUUUGACGGAGCGAGCCGUGACGUUCUCGUCAGGCUU